GAGAUUUGUGUUCUGUGACACAAAAUCUCCGUAGCAAAAUAGGCAAAAAAAUCUGUGAUUUUCCAGAAAAAUCUGUGAAUAUGGUAACUCUGGAUAUGAGGGCUGAGGUUACGAUCCCAAGCCAAAAGCAAACAAAAUACAUCUCAAGAUAUCAUUUUAAAUUCAAUAUCAGUUAUGAGUACACAGUGAUUGAGUAAAUAUUUUUGAGAGCUUUUACAGAAAAAUUAUAGUGAAAUUAUGAUGGAGCCAGGUACAAUUCGUAGGUUGGAUGAAGCUGUUGUCAAUAGAAUAGCUGCUGGUGAAAUUAUUCAACGACCAGCAAAUGCAUUAAAAGAAAUGAUAGAAAACAGUCUUGAUGCAAAGUCAACCAGUAUACAAAUCAUUGUCAAAGUAGGUGGUCUGAAGUCGCUUCAAAUCCAGGAUAAUGGAACUGGCAUUCGCCGAGAAGAUUUAGGUAUCGUGUGUGAGCGAUUUACAACUUCAAAGUUACAGAACUUUGAAGACUUAUCAGUAAUUGAUACAUAUGGAUUCCGUGGAGAAGCAUUAGCCAGCAUCAGUCAUGUGGCACAUUUAACAAUAACGACAAAAACACGGAACGAACAGUGCGCGUUCAGAGCUUCAUACGAAGACGGUAAACUGAAGGGAGAAAUUAAACCGUGUGCCUGCAACCAGGGAACACAAAUAACUGUGGAAGAGCUGUUUUACAAUGUCCCAAUGCGCAAACAAGCGCUCAAAGCUCCUAAUGAAGAGUUCCAAAAAAUAACAGAAGUCGUUAGUAAAUAUGCUGUGCAUAACCCACAAACCAGCUUCAUGUUGAAAAAAUUCGGUGAAAAUGCGACUAUACGAACCCAGGCAAAAUCUACCGUUGAAAACAAUAUUAAAACAAUUCACGGACCAUCCAUCGGUAAAGCUCUUCUCAAAGUUGCUAUGGAAAAUAAAAUUCUACAAAUGAUUGUUAAUGGUUACGUUACAAACGUGAACUUUUCGCAAAAAAAGGCUAUAUUCCUGCUAUUUAUUAACCACCGUGCAGUUGAAUCGGUUAAUUUAAGGAAAGCUAUAGAUCAGGUUUAUUCACUUUAUUUACCCAAGGGAUCAGCACCAUUUAUAUAUCUUUCUAUUGAACUACACCCAAACAAUGUUGAUGUCAACGUGCAUCCGACCAAACACGAGGUUCACUUUUUGCACGAAGAAGAAAUUGUCGACCAAAUAAAGGAAGCAAUAGAACGAACGCUACUUGGUGGCAAUGAGUCGAGGUCGUUCUACACACAAGCACUACUGCCUGGUGCAUCCGAUCCACCAAACUCAGCAAAGCUGAACGAGUCUGGAAGUGAUAAAUCUAAAUUAGAAUACAAAUUUGUUCGCACAAGUCACAGCGAUCAGAAGCUGGAGAAGUUUUUUGGGAUAAAUGUUUCUAGAAAUGCUAGUUUCAAUGAAAGCUAUGAAAAAACGAAAAUUUUCAAACAAGAAAAAAUAUUCAGGGAAACAAAACUUACUAGUAUUUUAAACUUACGCAGAAGUGUUGAGGAUGAUUGCGAUCGCGAUUUAAGAAAAAUUUUUAAUGAGCUUGCUUUUAUCGGUGUAAUCGAUCGUACACAGGCACUUAUCCAGUAUGACACUAAAAUGUUUCUCACGUCAACCAAAGUGCUUUGCGAAGAGCUUUGCUAUCAGAUGCUAUUGUACAACUUUGGAAAUUUCGACUGUAUAAAUUUCUCCGAUCCUCUGCCUUUAUUAGAAUUGGCAACCUUAGCGCUACAGGACCCUGAGAGUGGGUGGACUGAACAAGAUGGGCCAAUACCAGAGCUUGCCGAACGAAUUGUCGAAAUAUUAUCUUCUAGAGCAGCGCUUAUGCGAGAGUAUUUUAAUCUCUGUAUUAGUGCCGAAGGACAUAUAGAAGCAAUUCCAUUAAUAAUCGAAGAUUACAUACCAUCGAUAGUUUAUCUACCUCAAUACAUUCUUCGUUUAGCUACAGAGGUCGAAUGGGAUGAUGAACAAGAUUGCUUUAAAACGUUUUGUCGCGAAACAGCCAAAUACUAUGCAAGAGUAGCUUUAACUAAAAAUGAACAAGAAUACAAAUGGGAAGCUGAACACGCGGUCUAUUCAGCCAUCAAACAAUAUUUGAUACCACCGAGAGCAUUUGCUAAGAACGGAUGCCUCCUCCAAGUGGCCAAUCUUCCAGAUCUUUAUCGCGUCUUUGAAAGAUGUUGAUUUUUCGAGGUUUACCAAUUAUUGUCAACAUACUCAUGUACGAUUUUUUAAGCAAUAACACGAUUUUAUUAUUUUA